UUUACACUCCGGAGGUCAAGCAUCAGCUACACCUGUGGUUGGAAUGCAAUUUACCUCUAUUGAACAAGCAUAUGCGUUUUACAAAUCAUAUGCUAAGUUAGCUGGUUUUUCUACUCGGAAGGGUGGUGAAGUACACAGUGGUGGUAUAACCAAAACUAAGUAUUUUGUUUGUUCUAAAGAGGGUCAUAAGGCAGUGUGUAUUGAAGAUCGUUAUUCGAAGUAAAAAAAGCCAUACAAAUUAAGGAACAGGGGUACCAUUAGAACUGGAUGCAAAGCUCAUCUUAUGAUUUGCAUAGUGGAUGGUAGAUUAUAUACGGUAAAGAGAUUUGUUGAUGGCCAUAAUCACAAGUUUGUAUGUCUACAUGAUAUUCCUAUGCUUCCAGCUUACAGACAAUUGUCAGAUGUCCAGGAGGAGAUGGUAUGGGAACUAGGCAUUUUAAACCUUGGUCCUGUCAAAGCUUUCCAUGUAAUGAGGAAACCUUAUGGUGGUUUCGAGAACGUUGGUGCCACGGUUGAUGAUUGCAAAAAUUUUAGGAAUCGAAUUAACAGUUAUAUAGGAGAAUAUGACGCUGACAUGGUGAUUAAUAGGGUGACCGACAAAAAACAGUAUUUAGCUGAUUAUUCGUUUGAAUAUUCUGUUGAUGAUGACAAACGGUUAACCGGUUUGUUCUGGGCUGAUGGGUUAUGCAAGCUUAACUUUAUGGAGUUUGGGGAUGUGAUAUCGUUCGAUGCAACUUUCAAGACAAACAGGUAAGUGUUUCAAGACAAACAUGUUUUUUAUUUAUUUUGGCAUGUUAUAUGAUUUCCUAAACUUGCAAUAUCGCAUGUGUAGACAUUUGAAGAGUUGGUGUUGAAUAUAUCACAUGUUAUACUGUAUAUUUUUGCAUAUGAUAUCUGUCUAUUUCGCAUGUUUUAGUGUAUAUUUCGCAUGUGUUUGUUCUGGUACAAGAUGGUGUUUGUUCCGUUCACUGGCAUUGAUAACCACUGUAGAAAUGUAAUCCUUAGAGAUGGGUUGUUGGCCUCAGAGAGCAUUGAAUCCUACAAAUGGCUUCUGAAUUCAUUCGUAAAGUCAUUUGGUCGGCAGCCAAAGGUUGUAGUGACGGACCAAGACCCUGCUAUGAAACAGGCUAUUGAGGACGUUUUUUCUACCAGCAAACACCGAUUGUGCAUGUGGCACAUAAUGAAAAAAGUGGCAAAUAAGGUUGCACAGGAGUUGUGCAAUAACGAUGAGUUUGAAAGGAGGAUGUGCGACAUUGUAUGGACUGAUUCCAUUGAGCCUCAAGAAUUCGAGAGACAGUGGAAGUUGGUGAUGAUUGAGUUCGGUCUCACUGAAAACAAAUGGAUUGAUGAUAUGUUUUCGAUGAGAUACAUGUGGAUUCCGGCUUUUUACCGGCAUGAGCCCAUGUCUGGUCUCAUGCGAACAACUUCGAGAUCAGAGAGCAAGAAUCAUUUUUUUUUUGCCAGGUGUCAAAUUCAUAACUCACUCUUGUAGAGUUUAUGAAUCAUUUUGACGGUGCAAUGGAUGUCCAAAGGUUCAAUCAUUGAAAAAAUGAUCAUAUUUCAAGGUAUACUGAGCCUGCUGAUUGGAGCGAAACUACUUUGGAAAAAGAUGCUGCUAAGAUAUACACCAGGUCUAUAUUCUUUGAUCAACAAGUAGAGAUUUAUGGAACAAUUUCCGAAUGUCUGCCGAUGGACACCAAAAUCGAAGGUCCACAGAUCAGGAUAUUGUUGAAAGACUUUAAAGCCCUUAGAGAUGGUUUAUUAGAG